AUGUACCCAGGACUCCUUCUCCUCUUCACCCUCCUGGCUGCUGGCUGCCAUGGGAAGCUGGUGGAAUCUUGCCCAACAAACUGUGUGUGCCCCAAAGAAGCACCAUCCUGUGCCCCUGGCAUCAGCCUUGUGACAGACUCCUGUGGGUGCUGUAAGGUUUGUGCCCGCCAGUACAACCAGGAUUGUGAUCUGAGACACCCAUGUGACCACAUCAAGGGGCUGCACUGUGAUUUUGGAGCUGAUCCCUCAUCUACUGCAGGCAUCUGCCGAGAGUCUGAAGGCCGACCCUGUGAAUUUUUUGGCCAGAUCUACCAAAAUGGGGAGAACUUCCAACCCAAUUGCAAGCACCAGUGCACCUGCAUGGAUGGAGUGGUCGGAUGCAUGCCCCUGUGUCCGCAGGAAAUGGCUUUGCCUAGCGUAGACUGCAUCAAUCCCAGGCUAGUGAAGGUCCCUGGCCAGUGCUGUGAAGAAUGGAUGUGUGACAGCAACCACAUCUCCGAAGACUCAGGGGUUUCAUUGUCUACCCCUCUUGUUACAGGUCUUGGCCCUCAUCCGCAACCUGAUCGUUCUAGCUGUGCUAUUCAGACCACAGAAUGGUCCCAGUGCUCAAAAUCCUGUGGCAUGGGCAUGUCUACCAGGAUAACCAAUGACAACCCACAAUGCAAACUAAUGAAGGAAACACGUCUGUGCAAAUUCGACCCUGUAAGGACCCCUUGCCUACAAAACCGAAGGAAUGGCAAGAAAUGUACCAGAAUAAAGAAGGCCAAGCAAGCUGUGUACUUCGCCUAUGCCGGCUGCACCAGUGUACGACGGUACAGGCCACAAUACUGCGGCUCUUGCUCAGAUGGACGGUGCUGCACCCCAUCAAAGACCCGAACAAUGCGUGUUCGCUUUCGCUGUGAUGAUGGAGACACCUUCCAGAAAAGUAUGAUGUGGGUGGAAAAGUGUCGCUGUCACCAAAACUGCCCCUAUCACAGUGAGCUGUCUUACCCACAUUAUCGGUUACACAACGACAUCCAUAAGUUCACGGAUUGA